UGACCACUUUGGCAUCAGUUAGCUUUGGCACGCGAGUUCGUCUGGUGUUGUUUUUAUGGUUUAUUUUAAAUACCAAUUAAAUUAAUAGAAAUAAACAUAAUUUCGAGAAAUAAUAAAUAUUUUCGUGUAAUUUAUAACGCUGCAAAUUUUUUUAGAAAUAUAAAUAAACUUAAAAAAAUAAGUAAAAGUUGAAAAAAUGUCCAAAAUAGUUAAAUUAUUUAAAAGUAAAAAAGACAAACCGCCAAAAGCGGAGAUUAUAACGGAGCCAAAGGAACCCGAACAAUCACUGACAAAAUGUGGAAAACCUUUAAUUUUGGAUAAUUCACGUUGGGAGAAAAGACUACAAAAGGAAUUAAUGUCAUUGAUUAAGGAACCGCCACCAGGAGUUUCAGUCGAUACUGACAGCAUAGCCACUAACUUAUCUGAAUGGAAAAUAAACAUAGAUGGUUUCGAAGGAACUCUAUACGAGGGUGAACACUUUCAACUAUUAUUUAAAUUCAAUAAUAAAUAUCCAUUUGAUUCGCCGGAAGUAACAUUUAUUGGCAACAAUAUACCCGUACAUCCACAUGUCUAUUCAAAUGGUCAUAUCUGCCUUUCAAUAUUAACAGAAGACUGGUCACCGGCCCUAUCAGUUCAGUCGGUAUGUUUAAGUAUAGCCUCAAUGCUGAGCAGUUGUCGCGAAAAGAAACGUCCACCAGACAAUACGCUUUAUGUCAAGACAUGCAAUAAAAAUCCCAAAAAGACUAAAUGGUGGUAUCAUGAUGAUUCCGUUUAGUUAUUUGAUAAAUUAGAGCCCAUUGUAUGGGCUGUACUGUGUUAUCCGUUUGAUGUGCUGAGUCAUGAGUUAAAACAACAAAUCAAUGAAAUCACUAUUAAACAUAAAUUGUCUGUGAAACAAUUUCGCCAGCGUUUAAAAAAGUUACUGUUAAAACG